UCCGUCAGCAAACUCGCACACACAGUCAAACUACGUCAAACUUUAGCAAUUUAGUACUGUUCAAGUAGAGUGUAUAGUGGGACGUGUCCAUGUUGAGUGUCAUGUGUUCGUCGGGUAAUGUGUUAGACAAUUAAUAACGAAUUUAUACCUCUAUCUAAAAAGUUAUUGAUACAUAACGUGAUUAUUGUGCAAAGACAUAACCUCAAAAUGUCAGAUAACGCGCAGGACGUGCUUCAGGAUGCAGCCGCCGCGGUCGCUGGCGGAUCACUAUUCAGCACAUUUGAUAUAAUUAUGCUCGUCGUGUUAUUGGGAGCAGCGGUUUGGUGGCUUUACAGUUCUAGGAAGGAAAACAAGAAGGACGAAAUCAUUCUUAGCAAAUACUCAAUACAAACUGCGGGCUCUAUUCAAGUCACAGAAAACUCUUUUAUCAAAAAAUUAAAAUCAUCUGGUAGAAGCUUGGUAGUCUUCUAUGGAUCGCAAACGGGCACCGGUGAAGAGUUUGCUGGUCGCCUCGCCAAAGAAGGUGUGCGAUACAAGAUGAAAGGCAUGGUUGCAGACCCUGAGGAGUGUGAUAUGGAGGAACUUACAAAACUCCAAGAAAUCCCUAAUUCGUUGGCAGUGUUCUGUAUGGCGACAUAUGGAGAAGGAGAUCCAACAGACAAUGCCAUGGAGUUUUAUGAAUGGUUAAAGAAUGGAGACCCUGACCUCACUGGACUUAAUUAUGCGGUAUUUGGAUUAGGGAACAAAACGUACGAGCACUACAAUGCUGUAGCUAUCUAUUUGGACAAGCGUCUUGAAGAAUUGGGAGCCACAAGAGUAUUUGAGCUUGGCCUUGGGGAUGAUGAUGCAAAUAUAGAAGAUGAUUUCAUUACAUGGAAAGACAGAUUUUGGCCCGCUGUGUGUGAAAAAUACAACAUUGAGAGCACGGGCGAGGAAGAGUUGACACGCCAGUUCCGUCUUGUCACUCAUCCCCCAGGUGAAGUGGUUCCAGAAAAUGUCUUCACUGGAGAGAUUGCUCGGCUCCACACCUACCAAGUUCAAAGACCACCAUAUGAUGCUAAGAAUCCCUUCUUGGCAGCAAUCAAAGUCAAUAAGGAAUUGCACAAUGGUGGAGGCAGAUCUUGUCUACAUGUUGAGUUGGAUAUUUCUGACUCUAAAAUGCGAUAUGAAGCUGGUGACCAUGUGGCUGUGUAUCCAAUAAAUGAUUCAAAUCUUGUGGAUCGUCUUGGAGCAUUAACUAAUGCAGAUCUGGAUGAAAUAUUCUCACUGAUAAAUACUGACCAAGAAAGCAGCAAAAAGAAUCCAUUCCCUUGUCCUACAUCUUACCGUACUGCUUUGUCACAUUAUUUAGAAAUUACAGCAUUACCACGCACUCAUAUACUGAGAGAACUUGCGGAGUACUGUACUGAUGAGGAAGACAAGAAGAAACUUCUACUUAUGGCUACCAACUCCCAAGAGGGCAAGGCUCUGUUCCAGUCAUUUAUAACAGAUGCUUGUAGAAAUAUUGUGCACAUUUUGGAAGAUGUACCAUCGUGUAAACCUCCCCUAGAUCAUCUAUGUGAAUUAUUACCUCGUUUGCAACCUAGAUACUAUUCAAUUUCAUCAAGUCCUAAGCUACACCCUGAGACUGUUCACAUAACUGCAGUGGUUGUGGAGUACAAAACAUCAACGGGUCGCGUCAACAAAGGCGUGGCCACAACUUGGUUGGCCAAACAUAAACCUGAAGAAGGAAAGCCUUUGCCACGUGUCCCUGUGUACAUAAGGAAGUCCCAAUUCAGGUUGCCACUUCAAACACAGACUCCUAUUAUAAUGGUGGGCCCGGGAACAGGGCUGGCACCUUUCCGCGGGUUUCUUCAGGAGCGAGCUCACGCUCGCGCCAAUGGCAAAGAAGUCGGCGAAAAUAUACUAUACUUUGGAUGUAGACAUCGCAACCAAGAUUACAUUUACCAAAACGAACUCGAGGACUAUGAGAAGAAUGGUGACGUUAUACUUAAUGUCGCCUUCUCUCGCGACCAAGAACAUAAAGUGUAUGUAACUCAUCUUUUGGAGAAAAAUAUUGAUAAAAUUUGGGAUAUUCUUGGAAAUCGCAAUGGUCACUUCUAUGUUUGUGGGGAUGCUAAGAACAUGGCAGUUGACGUGAGGAAUAUCGUCCUGAAGGCUGUUCAAGAGAAGGGAGGCCGCACAGAAGCAGAGGCUGUGCAAUUCCUAAAGAAACUUGACUCUAUGAAGAAAUAUUCAUCUGAUGUUUGGAGUUAAGAUUUUGUAUCGUCUUAUCAUUAGAUAAUUACAACUACUGUAGGCAAUUGUUCAUUUUAAUAUAGUUAAAUAAAGACGUAAUUUCCUUGUUGUGAUAAUAUGCAAGCUAUGGGGCACAAACAGUGAAUGGCGUGUUUCGUACCAUUGAUUGGUAACAUUUUUAUAUUUUAAACCUAUUGAUUAAUUGUUUUCGUCGAUUCAAUUUGAAUGAGUGUGGUUUGUGAAAACGUAAAGUUAUACCAUAUAUUUAGUGAUUCUUAUGUCGUACUGCGUGAACAAUAAUAAAAUUAAGAACAGUUAAUUCAAAACUAAAAUUUUAGAAAAAUGACUAUUGUUGUUAUGUGUAAAUCAUUUUUAUGACUUGUUGGUAGGUUUAUUUUAUAUUAAGUGGACUGGGAUAUAAAUAUAUACGAAAGAAAUAAAAUAUGUAAUUUUUUAUGUAUAACUUGAAUACAGUUUUUAUUAUAUAA